GCCUUUUUCUCCUCGGUGGUUGUUGUCGGUAUUCUCAGUUUAAGAUCGGUGAGGCUAUCCCUCUGUCGAACGUGUAUUGAUAUGCCUCCCUCAUGACCAUAAGUAAGCUGGAGAGCAGGCCGAGUGAAGUAUGUUGUAUUUUUUAUGGCAUCUUCGUUGUCUUCGUCGUGAGCCACUGAUGUCCAUGUCGCGACAAGUCUUCUGGGAGCAAGAAAGAUAUAACCGGGAUGAAAUAUCUGUCAGUUAUUCGCCAGGUUGUGCUGACUGACUGUGACUAGCACAUAAUCUUGAAAUCUUGACCCCGCCCUUCUAAGUGCUUGUGAAUGUCGAUGUCGCUGCUCUACCUCUCAUCAUAGUAUACGAACCAUACAGACACACAUGUUAGUUUUUAAACAGAAUGUGAUUCAAUCAAUUUCCUUUUGGCCACAGCUGCGUAACUACAUGAUUGACAUGAUUUUUCAUUCCUUCGCUUUCGCAAAUUUGGUUUCCGCCAAUCAUCAAACUUGAACCUCGGAAACAUUUUCUUGAAUUGGAUCUUUCGUUUAUUGGGCAAAAGGCGAAGCCCGCAGGCAUUUCACUACAGUCGGUCCGAACGGGCCGCUAGUAUUUGUUGAUUGAUCUUCAUCCUCGUUCCCUCUCUUAUUUGACUCAAAGUGCUUGUUGAAAGUACAAGCUACUCGUCUCAGAAAUGGCGUACGUAGCGUCAUGGAGGGCUCCCUUAGGGAGCAUAAUGGGGGCACAAAACAUGCCACAGGAACCUAGGAACGCAGAAAAUAUAAACGAAACAUUCCGACGCAACGAGACUGUGGGUACUACAAACUUCUUACCUUAAGGUGGUUACCGACACCGAGGACACAUUGUACAACCUGCAGUAGUUUGUUCUAUGUUAAUGCUCCAGUCGAAUAAAGUUUCUUCUGCUCAUAAGUUUGUACCAAAUCCAUUAUCCAGGAUAUUUCAAGCCGCCAUUUUGUCAAUGGCCCUACGGAGGCACGAGCAAAAAGGAAGCGAAGCAGCGACUAAAAGGCGGCGAGCCCGUGGUAUGGAUACCUUCUUUUGACAUUGAUUCCAAUGUUGGAUCGGCAUCGGAUUUUUUAUUCUGAGUAGAGACCACUGCCACACACCUAUCUCCACAUUCCGUUUUUCAACUUACGUUACUUCUAGUGUUACGUUUAUUAAAUGAACAUAGCAUCUUCAUCUAAUGAUACUACUCCAGCUCUUGUGCCUGACGUAUUCACCCGCUUCCUCAGGUAAAAGCAGGCUCUUACGAAUUCGAACCAGCUGGUAAUGAUUUCUACUUUCGAAAUGGAGCAUUCGCAAAGCCAAAAGAUGAGGACGAAAUAUCAAUACGGACGGAGUCCACGACACUCUAUCUUGGAAGCAAUCUCUGUAUUUUGCUGCCUAUCAUACCUUUUCUGUCUUUUCUAUUAGUUUGGAGGAUAAUCCCUCUUGUGGUUUCCAAUCGAAGCUGAGUUUGAUGAACGAACUUCGGAGAGCACUAGUUGAAAAGACAUCGUUUGCUCAACAUUAUGGACCGAUUCUCCCCUUCCAAGAAUCAAAAAGAAUACAUUUCAUUGACGUGUGUAUGAUAAAAUAAGGUACCCGAACGUUCGGUCCACAUCAGAACGCCAGACCACUCCCCGGAAAAGCAGUGCGAGCAAAAUUCGAGUCUCGACCCUACAUACCGCCGUACGUAGUCCCAGAGUCCAUGAAAAAUGUACUGAGAUCAUCAAAAUACUGCAUCAAUGGGUAACAUCAUCAUCAAUGCUAGGUAGAGUACUACCAUCCACCGAGUUGUUGAGCCAAUACUUUUUUCAUUUUGUAAAAGCUCUUCAACAGUAAGGAUCAUUUUUGCAGUUCAUCUCCAUGUUCAUGCACUAUCAUCCUUACAUUCCAGUACGAUGCGAAAAUCAAUGUUUUCGAUAAUGUGAAGCGGGAUGGAGUCAGGAGUCCAACGAGGCCACAAGGAGGGUAAAAAUUGUUGUGAUACUAUUUUCCUUCUUGUUGUUGGGGGUCAUGCUUUACAGUAAGUUUUUCAACACGUUUCAUACGCAUGGCGACACAAGAACCUUAUGAGAACAGAAGUAGUAAGACGAAGACCUAUCCAAAAAUCGCAAUCCAACUGUUGACACCAGGAGCAAGAUUUUCUUGCCGGGAGAAAUUAGCAAGCAGAUAGUAGAGCACUGCAACGCUGUAAAUGAGGUAAUACCACAACCGCGAAAAGAGGAUAGACCGCGUCCGCCAGAGCCGCUAAUCGCAAACCGCACCCGAUUGCCGCGCAGUUACAAAGUCGGAGGGGUACUGACUUCUAUAAAUACUUACUAGUUUUAUUCACACCUUAGUGUUUCUAUAAAUUAUAAAGUGGUAAGUGAACAAAAUAAUGACAGAAAUUCUAGGGCCAAAGGCGACAUGACAUGACAAUAAUGAAAAAAUGCAACGAUUACUUGUUUUCAUCUCCAUGUUCGAGCUACUACUGUAAUCGUAAUGCGAAUCUUCAUCAAGUAUAAUCCCAGGUUCCAAAAGUGACAGACACUAUGGGUGAAGAAGGAAAGCCGGAACCUAGCUGGCGAAAGAACGACAGCAGAGUCCUCAUCUCACCGAGAACGUACCUCAAUGCCACAAGCAACAUCGUCCGCCAUCGCAGUGUGGAGGAGAUGUUCGAACCCAAUGACGACGUACUCUACUUCGACUGAGGACUGCAUCUGCGACCACAAGCACAAGGUCGUAUGAGAAAAUCAUCGAGUACAAGGAAACACAGGUGAUUGAAAAUAUUAUUCAUCAAGAACAGAUGAUGAUGGCUUCAAUAUCAAUAUACUUACUGCUACUGGAACUGAAAUGAAUGUUGUUAAAGAAUAUCUUCUUUCGAACUUGUAAGAAACGGAAAACCUACUUGAUCUAAUCUACUGCUUCUACUCAUGAUCAACCUGGAACUGUUAUUCAAAUGAACUCAGAACCAAAAGCUGUAAAAGCAAGUGCUAGUUCAUAAUAAUCGGAAAAGUCUACAAAUGAACCAAAAUACUUAAGCGAAAUUGUUACCAUUAUGUCAAAUCCAAACGUCAAAUGUUGUAAGGGUCUCAUCUACAACGUGUGUGUCACUGGUAGGUUGUAUGCUUGUAUGUUUAUGGUGGGUAUAUUAAGCAUGAAGAUGAACAAGAUUAAGAAAUUAGUGUACGCUUAGUAGUCUUGACAAGCAAAAGAUCAAAGAAAGUGUUCGCGUUGCGCCGCAAAGCAAUGCAUCCUUAACUCUUUUUAAACUGUAGUGGUCUCUCAUGGCAGCGCGGCCUCAGGACGAAACAAAGUGACGCGAACUAUGAUAAUGUACGUUUGAUCUCUGUCUGGAAACUGGUCGUUGUGACGACGUGCAGCUGCCGUUGUUUGCAGGAGGGCGGGCGAAGAGAAGAAUUGGGUCCUCAAUCAGUCUUAAGACAAUUUUUCGUAUCUAGCUCAUGGUUUUGGUUCAUAGCGUGUAAAAUCUUCUUUGUAGUUUUGGACACUAACGUACAAAAAAUGUACAUAAUAUUACAGAAACAUCAAGGAUACUCAAGGGGGAGCUUAUAGAUUCUUGUAGUUUACUCUUUGGUCGAUAAUUGUUUACCUCAUCAGGCUAUGAUUUGAGAUAGAUUUCAAGGAUAAAUUACUGUUUGAUGAUGUUAAUUGCUACUUGUCUAAUGUAUUUUCUACCUCUACGAUUCGCUUAUAUUAUCGCCUCACGAACAUGAAGGAUGGACUGACCCAUGCUGCGCAUAACUUUUGAACAAGAGCAACUUUUACGACCUGACCAAAUUUCACAAAAAUAAAGAUGAAAGAAUGGAAAAUCCUUGACUCUCUUGGAAGGAACUAACAAAUUGGUAAGGACUUAGGCUAGAGGGCG